ACUCAACACUCACCGUCCUCGCCAUCAAUUUAGGGUGCAGUUAAAUUCCCAUUUGUCGAACCAGUGUCAUGUCCUAAUAGGACGCAUGGAGGCAGCGCGGCUGUAUCGAUAGGAAUCCUAAUUCAUUUAUUGGACCCUGAAGGUUCCGUUUGUAGACUGUAGCACGCCCAACUCCAUUAAUCGGGCAAAUUAGCUGUUUGUAUAUAGACAAAGGAGCUGCGAAGUUCAUGUAAAGAAGGAAGUCUGCUCAGUUUUGGUGUCCCGGUUCGAGGAUGGGAGAGCAGCUGUCUGUACCAGAUGACUUGGAGCAAUCGUUGGAGGGGCUGUCGACAACCUGUGAGAGAUAGGGAGGGUUUGGAAAAACAAAUGAGCAGAGCAGGAUGAGGCGGGCUAUCCUCUUCUCUCUACCUGUGGUGAGGUAGGAAGAGGAGAACAGACGGAGUGACGGGAUGAAGGACUGCACAGGAAAACAGGAAUAUGGAGGAGAGAGGUUUGUCCGCAUCUCACUGGAGGAGAUGGAGAGCUACUACAGAUGCACCAAGUGCUGUCAACAGCUGCAAAAUGACAUUCUGCAGAGGGAGGACGGUCCGUUUGCAGCAGAAAUCGGCCAUGAACUCCAGAAACAGUUUGCCAUCCUGCCAGGGGGCCGCGGGAUGAACGGCAACCCUAUCAUCGUCUUCCCAGAAUUCCCAGAUUUCAGCGAGCUGGAGGAGGAGGAGGUCCAAAAUGUCCUCAGCUACCUCAGCAGCAUCCCCAGCGUUGCUGCAUCAGGAGUGGGUUUCAAUCUGGUCAUUGACAGACGACUGGACCGAUGGGCCGCCGUCAGGGCUACCCUGCUCCGCAUCGCAGGUUCAUUUCCAGGGAACUUACACUUGGUUCUGGUGUUACGUCCCACUACUUUGCUCCAGCGGACUCUGUCAGACUUCCUGUUCAAGUACAACAGGGAUGAGUUCAAAAUGAAGGUGGUGAUGCUGAGUUCGGUGACUGAGCUCCAUGCCUAUAUAGACCCAGGACAACUGACCACAGAGUUGGGAGGCACGCUGGAAUACUGCCAUGACAGCUGGAUCUCACACCGCACUGCAAUCGAGGCAUUUGCCCUCAUGGUAAAGACCACGGCUCAGACUCUGCAGGCGUUUGGAACUGAGCUUGCAGAGACAGAACUACCUAAUGAUGCCGAGGCCACCGUCAACCUGCUGCACACUCACACUCUGAAGAAGGAUAAAAUGAAGGAGGACCUGCAGGUGGCACUGUCUCAAGGGGGACGCCUGUUGGAGUGUAUAAACGAGCCUCUACAGACAGACCCUGAAUACAGCAUGACCUACGAUGAACUGGAAAACUUAGCUACUGUACAGAGACUCCUGGGUCAGCUGGACGAAACACAGACAGCAUUUGAUGAUUUCUGGGAGCGUCACCGCACCAAGCUGGAACAGUGUUUACAGCUCCGCCAUUUUGAACAGCACUUCCGUGAAGUGCGCCCCCAGCUUGACGUGACAUCGGAGCGUUUGUCGGGUUUCUCCGAGGUCAGCGUAAGCCCCGCCCAUGCUGAGCAUGUCCUCCGAGAGCUCAGCGGCCAUGAGGACAAGGCCUGUGACACACUAGACCGUGCCCUGUCCCUGGCCAGUGAAGGUGACAGGCUGAUAGAAAAUUCCCACUAUGCCGAGGACUCCAUCAGGCCGAAGUGCGGCGAGCUGAGAGGAGUGUGCGAGGAGAUCAGCUUCACUCUGAGGAGCAAGAAGAGCCUCCUGCUCACGGCGUUGGAGCUCCACCACGCUCUGGAGAAGGCAUUACGGUGGUGUGAGGACGGCAUCUUCCUGUUGGCCAGCCAGCCAGUGGACCGCUGUCAGUCUCAGGAUGGAGCUGAAGCAGCUCUGCAAGAACUCGAGCGAUACCUGGACACAGGGCCGCUACACACCCUCGCCGACCGCAGCGCCAUCUGCUGCCAGUAUGAGGCGGUGCUCACUCCUCAGCUCAUGGACCAAGUAGAGGGAGUUUUCCAGAAGCAAAUCUCCGUCCAAGAGAUGUUUGAGAAGAGACGCAUCAGCCUGAAGAAACUCGCUGCCAAACAGACCAGACCAGUCCAGCCAGUAGCACCAAGACCUGAAGUGAAGUCUCCACUCUCCUCUCCUAAUCAAGAGAGAAAAGAGAGGAGAUACUCUGCAGAUAGUGCCAUCUGCAAAAAGGUGGAGUCUCCCAUACAUAACGGUGGUACCAGACAUGCUUCUCUCUCAGAAGAAGAAGAAAACCUGGCAGUACUUCGGCGCCACGUGAUGAAUGAACUGUUGGAGACGGAGAGAGCAUAUGUGGAGGAGCUACUGUGUGUGCUGGACGGCUAUGCAGCGGAGAUGGACAACCCUGCCAUGGCUCACCUCAUCCCCAGCACCCUGCUGAGCAAGAAGGUCGUCCUGUUUGGCAACAUGUCUGAAAUCUACCAGUUUCAUAAGAGGACAUUUCUAAAGGAACUGGAAGCAUACACUGACUGCCCAGAACUAGUGGGCCGCUGCUUUUUAGAGAGGAUGAAGGACCUGCAGAUCUACGAGGCGUACUGCCAGAAUAAACCUCGCUCUGAGAGCUUGUGGAGACAGUGCUCCGACUGUGCCUUCUUCCAGGAGUGCCAGAAGAAGCUGGAACAUAAACUUGGUUUGGACUCCUACCUCCUUAAACCUGUCCAGAGAAUCACCAAGUACCAGCUACUGCUUAAGGAGUUGUUGAAGUACAGUAAGGGCUGCGAUGGCUGUGACGACCUACAGGAAGCUCUCUCCUCCAUCCUGGGGAUCCUGAAAGCUGUUAACGACUCCAUGCACCUCAUCGCCAUCACAGGAUACGAGGGUAACCUGUCGGAGCUGGGUCGCCUGCUGAUGCAGGGCUCCUUCAGUGUGUGGACGGAGCAUAAAAAAGGCCACGCCAAGGUGAAAGACCUGGCCCGCUUUAAGCCCAUGCAGAGGCACCUGUUCCUGCACCAGAAGGCCCUGCUCUUCUGUAAGAGGAGAGAGGAGAACGGGGAGGGCUACGAGAAAGCUCCGUCUUACAGCUUCAAGCACUCCCUCAGUAUGAGUGCGGUGGGCUUUACAGAGAACGCUAAAGGAGACAACAAGAAGUUUGAGAUUUGGUGCAACUCCAGAGACGAAGUUUUUAUAGUCCAGGCUCCUACACCGGAGAUUAAAACAGCGUGGGUGAACGAGAUCCGCAAAGUUUUGACCCAACAGCUCAACGCCUGCAGAGUUACUGUUUUAGAUGCCAGUCAGCAGAAGAGCUCUGACUCUGUUUUCCCGAGUCCCAACAGCAACAACAGCUCCAUCUCCCUCAGUCCCUUUCGUAGCAGUGGUCAGAAAAACCAGAAGAAGCAAGAGGAGAAGAAGGCGGAGACGAGUGUGAUGUCUGACUCCUCUUCUUCACCGAAACACAAAGAGCCGGCUUCCCAUGCCACUCUGAGCAGAGUCAAAUGGAUGAGUACCUCUAGUCUGUUACAGAGCAAGCGGCGAGGCUGGAACAAGGCGUCUCUCUCGGUGGAUGCCUCAGAAGAGAACGAUGGGUACUCCAGCAGCGAGGACCCCAUAAACUCUGACGCCGAGGACGAAGGAGGAAGGAAGCUGGCUCCAGGAAAGUAUACGGUCGUAGCAGACUGUGAGAAGGCGGGACCUCAGGAGCUGUCUGUCAAGAGUGGAGACAUGGUCCAGCUUAUCAGAGAAGGAGAGGAGGGACUGUGGUUUGUGAAGAACCUUCGCAGCAGUAAGGAGGGCUGGGUGGCAGCAGCAAACCUCCUCAGCCUCAUCUCCGAGUCCAAGUCAUCCCAGUCGCUCAGCAGCUCAGAUGGCAGCGUCUCUGGGAACGUCAGCACUUCUUCCAGCUGCAGCGAGACCUAUACCAGCUUCUCCGACAUCAAACCCUGACCUACGAUCACUGUCCUGGCGGCUCCAACCCUCAAACUAAAACAAUUUCCAUGUGGAAUUUAAAAAAAACAACUAAAGCUGACCCUGACAGGAGGACGGAGUCAAAGCGCUUCAUCUCGCAGACCAUCCACGUCACAGUUUGUCGGACCCAACCAAAAAUCAGAAGGAAUCCUUGGAUGUGCGAAUGUUACCAGUGUUUCAGCUGACGGUCGACUACAAACACCUUUUCUGAGUUUUUACAGCCACCUGUCUGUCUAAUUGCAACACAGAUGUUACAGUAAUGUGAUGUUUCACCUCCUGGCAGGCCUUCUUUAAAGUUCACAAUCUUUGUCAACUACAGAGAAAAGCCACCGUAAAUUUCUUCAGUCUAAUAUUUAAUCCUUCUGAUUAUGUAGCAAAGUGUAGAAAUUAAAAUCUGCACUAAAUGUGAGCUCUCAGCAGCUCACAAAGCUGAACCACUUCAAGUCAACAACAUCCCAGCAUAGCGGCAGAUUCUUGUGUGAAACAGGUACAGAUACUAUCAGACUGGUAUUCCACACGAUGCUUUAGUGUCGGACAUUAAUCGUACACUGUGAAAACUGGCAGCUGGCUGCAACCAGAACAAAUGCUUUCAGUGAAUCUUGGAGCAUCUCUGAGCAGGCCAGAUUUUCAGGGCGUGUUACUGAAAGUCUUGUCACCUUUUUGUACGGGGAAAACAUACUAGGUAAAGUGUGUUAAACCCCUGUAGUGUCUGGCAGGCCAGUGGUAUCAAAUUAGUUGUUUUAUAAUUUUUCCGCAUUUGAGAAUGCUGUAUUCCUCCCAUGUUGUUGGUAGGAGCUUCCUGGUUUCAUGGUAUUAACUUGUAUAAGAAACACAGAGUCAAAUGUAUCACUAGGUGAAUGUCACCAACAGCACUACCUGGGGGUCAGAUGUCAUGCACUUCUCCAGCUACACAUACGAAUCACUUACACAAAGAGAGGCAGCUUGGAACAACUUUUGAACCUCUUUUGAAACUUUUUCCAAGAGUUAUUGUCUAACCCGCCUCUGAACUGCUCUGGAUUUACCUCCUCAGGAAGCCCAAGAAGUUGCGUGGGCAGGCAGGUGUGACUGCAUACCUGCUUGUGUCUACUAAAUGUCUUUGUGUGUGUGGGCACCAUUGCACAUGUGUGUGUGCUUCAGAACAAAUCCAACUAGUGUAUGUCACCCCAGAGAGGCUAUUUAGCCACAGACAGCAGCUGCAUCAGAGUAACACACAAGGUCCCAUUUAGGAACAUUUUAGGUAAAUUACUCAUUCCUUUGCCUGCUGGAUUCAUUUCUAUUCAGGUAAAGUUAAUUGAUAACCCUCCAACCCUGGUCAGACAAACAGAAACAGACACUCAUAAAUCUCAAUACUCUGCACAUACAUUUUGUGUCAUGGCCACUGCGCUCACAUAUCUUUGGUUUGCACUGCAGCAACAAAAGCAGGCUUUGUGCCCUCCCUCUGCUCCCAGCCAGUAGCCUCUUCUCUCCAAGCAGGACUAACCAGGGCCCAGACCUUUCUCAACAUGUUUGCACCACCCCACCCGACAGCAAUAUUUGUUUACUUGCCAAGAUGUAGCAGAGUAAUCGAAUAAUAAAGUGCAAAAGGAUAAUGACAGAAGUCUGACUUUUGGUGUGAAUUACACAACAGGAGUGGUGAGUAAGCUAAGUUGGCCCUAUUGAAACUAAGUGGAAAAAGAGGAUGUUGAAACAAGUUGAUAGCACAUCUCUGACAGCCAGCUGCUGUGACACACACACACACACACACACACACACACACACACACACACACACACACACACACACACACACACACACACACACACACACGGAACCUGUGCUAUUCUGAACACUGAAUGACACCUUUUUCUUACCUUGCUUUUCAAAGGUUUUUUAUACCCCAAGAUUUCUACUGUAUCCUCAAGGCACACUGUAAAACAAUCGUUUCCUUUUCCCAUCUUUAAUAUUGAAUGUGUGACUCUGUUGUUAAAACAGAGAGUGCAGCAUGCCGUUACUCACACCAGCCCCACCUGUUUAUUACAUAAAAUGGGUUAUUUGUCCACCACUGUUUAACACCACUGUGGUUUUGUUAAAUUUCGCCACAACUAUGAUUAGUGCUUGUGGGUGUUUUCUUGAACCACUAUUAUACUCAAAUCGCAACGCGCGUGUCCUUCCUAUGAAAGGAAAGAUUCUACAGAAAAAGGAAGCUUACAGGCCUUUCUGUGUCAAACUGUGAGCUAAACCAGAGAGUAAACUGUGGCUGGCAUUAUGUGUCUGUCCGUGUAAGUUCUGUAAGACUGAAAAAUGUAUGUCACACUUGUACAGAUGUGUCCUCUAUACCUCACAUUGUUUUCCUCGAGAGCAUGGACAUUGUGAAGAGGAUUAUGGUUUUUGUGAGUCUCCUUGUCUCGCUGUAUGUCUUCUUUCUUUGUGGCAUGUUCUUCGUAAACCUCUCGUAUCAAAGCCCUGAACGAGGCAAGUAUUUUUUACUAGGCACUUGUAUUUUGUGAGAGUUUAUUUUCUGGCCUCCUAAAAGCUGACAUGGGCGCUAAACUUGUCAGUGUUCUCUCAUGAUCACAAAAUAAAGCUUAUUGAAUAAUUUGCUUUUUGACUUGGAGGCUGGAGAGAUGAGAAGGGUUAUAUUUUUUCUUUUUAUGCAGCACAUUGCAGCAACCACUGUCUUUAUUUUCCUAUUGUAUCUAUUGAGUAUGUUGUUGAUAUAAAGAUAUUAUAAUGAGACAUCAGUGUAUAUUUGUAAAUAUGUAAUACUGAAUUGUAUGUAAAAUGAAAAGCAGCUUUAAUAAAGUCUGAGAUGGUUUCCUCUAUUG